CCCCGGCCGGGUCCAUCCCCUCCCGGCCUCCCCCUAUAUGUACGACGCCCUCCCGGCGGCGAGCAUCCAAUCCAAGCGUCCUGUUCCUCCACCGCUCGUGCUACCGAGUACUGACACCUCGGCGGCGGCUGCACGAUCGCUUAGUUCGCGGAGGAGGACGCGCGCAGGCAACGAUGAUGCUCAUGGACUCGGCGCGCCGCACCGGCUGCUCCCCGGUCUGCCUGGACCUCAGCGUCGGCCUCUCGCCGUCGCCGCCGAAGACGGGCGCGACCGACCCUCCCGCCGGUGGCUGCGGGAUGGAGUCGUCCAUGACCGACGAGCAGGCCAGGACCCUGGAGGCCAAGUUCACCCAGGUCAGCGAGGAGAACCGGCGGCUCGCCGAGAAGGUCGCCUACCUGUACGCCAGCCAGAUCGCCAGGCCGGGUCCAGACUCCCCGGGCUCGACGCGCGCCUCGCAAGCCGCGUCGCCGCCGCCGCCGCCGGCUGCGAGCAGGAAGAGGAGCAGGGACAGCAUGGACGAGCCGCCGAAUUCGGGCGACGCCGACGGCAGCGGCAGGGCCGAGGCCGCCGAGAGCACCCCCAGCGACGCCUUGGAGGGCUCCUGCAGGCGGAUCAAGGUCAGCAGGGUCUGCUCCCGGAUCGACCCCUCCGACACCACGCUCACCGUCAAGGACGGGUACCAAUGGCGGAAGUACGGGCAGAAGGUCACCCGCGACAACCCGUCCCCGCGAGCCUACUUCCGCUGCGCCUUCGCGCCCUCCUGCCCCGUCAAGAAGAAGGUGCAGAGGAGCGCGGAGGACAGCUCGGUGCUGGUGGCCACGUACGAGGGCGAGCACAACCACCCGUGCCCGACGCGCGCCGGCGAGCUCCCCAGCUGCGCGGCGCGCGGCGGGUCCGUGCCUUGCUCCAUCUCCAUCAACUCCUCCGGCCCGACCAUCACGCUGGACCUCACCAAGAACGGAGCGGGGGGCGGCGUGCGGGUGCUCAAGGCCGCCGGGGCGCCCGACCUCAAGGAGCUGUGCCAGGAGAUCGCGUCCGCGGAGUUCCGGACGGCGCUGGUGGAGCAGAUGGCGAGCUCGCUCACCAGGGAUUCCAAGUUCACCGACACGCUCGCCGCCGCCAUCCUGAAGCAGCUGCCGGAUUACUAAGUCUCCAGUGUCCGGUGUCGUAGCUCAAAGAGUUUGCGAGACUGCAACAGAUUUUCUUUCAUGGUAGCAAUAGUGUAUGUCUAUUGGGAUUAGAGCAUAAUCUCCCCAGAUUUACAUGCAUAGUUUCAAUUCCAAAUAAUAUUGUACAUUUUACAAGUCCAUUGUUUGAUCACGAAUUCAAAAUAAGGACCGUCCUCCCAAGACAGCAGAGAGUCCCUCUAGCUGUUCUUUUGAUGUUUAUCUGAAUUUAACC